AUUCCCGGUUGCACUCGUUAUCGCCAACCGGUCACCGCAUCUUCCUUCCUGCAGUUAACUUAAAAAGGAAAAGGAGCCAGUCCAACGAUGGUAGUUACUACGAUGUCUGAAGAAGGUGUACAGAUCCAAAAAGGCUUGUCCGAGUGGUGGAGUGAAGAGAGUGUGUAUCUCCUCCAGAGGAUAGAGCGAUGGGCAGCACUGGCACGUGGUUACAAUCGCCUCAGGUCCCACAAGUUCUCGAGGGGUCGACUGACCUUUGGAGAAGUGUUGGAAGACGAUGAGGAGCGAUACAUAUCCACAGAUUUCGAGUCUCUCAGACGUUCCGAGAGAAUGAAAUCGAGAUCUCCGGAUGAAUCAAGGAGAAUCAACUGUUGUGGGACCUUUAAUUAUCAAUCUAACAAUAGAUUGGAUAGUACGUGCUUGGAGACAUACCGAUACGAUCACAGUAUCUACUUCAAGACCAUUGGGGACAUCAAGAGAAGCAAAAGUGGAGAACAUGUCGGGUGCAAAGAAGAUGGGGAUCGGUGCUCGGAUGAUGAGAAAGUUGAAUGGGACGUGCGAGUUGUGAAUAAUUCUGUUGCUGCGAGGGGUUUCACCGCUGAUCGACAGAUGAUCGUGAUGUCCGAUGGUGAAGUUGGUUGGGAUUGUUUGGACCAAUAUUCGUCAGAGAAUGUGGAGAAGAACAGAAACGUCUGGCCUGUUGUCGAUAUCAGCAAGCUUGACACAGGGAAAAAUUGCCCUGACUUCAGCCGAAAGGUCGUCCACCAAGAAGAUGAUCAAGAGGAUCAGCGGAACAAUAAUGCCCUGACUCAGACCUUUGUAAGUAGAAGUAAAUCGUCACUGGAAUUGAAAACUCAGCAGAGCAUGACGAGGAUUCUGAGUUUCAGGACGAAACGAUCGCCGAAGGUUGUCCAACGGCCGAUGGUCUGUGGGGCCGGUAAUGUAUCCUGGCCCGGGGUCUUAUUGACUUAUACACCGAGCUACAUUGAUCCUGCUAUAGCGUCUUCACAUAAUCAAGUCGUGAAAAUUAAAUAAUUAUGUUAGGGUGGGAUAUUUCACAUUUGUUAUUGCAGUCAUCGAUCGAGAUAUCUCGAGCGGAAGUGGUCACAGGAAAAAACACCAGAAGACUUUUUUGUAGAGUAUUUUGUCAGCUGCACAAAAUGUCUACAAUGUUGUUCCUAAAACCAGUCACUGCUCGCAUUUUAACUCGUUUUCGUUCUCUUCCACUUUUAUAAUUGCAUUAAUUAAUAGUUCAUUUAUCUCGAUGUAUUUCGAAGCGAUCAUUAUUAUGAAUCUAUACCCGACGUCAGAUAAUCGCAAUUAUAUAAUAAAAAUGUAUUCCACUUUUGGAAAAUAAUAAAAUUAAUGUCAAACUCUUCA